UCGACCAUCCACAGCAUGAGAAGAACGCGUCGACAGUUCUUUGUAGUCGUCUUCUCGAUCCUAUUGUUUCUGACAUGCGUUUCGGUGACGGUCGGAGCCAAUAAUGGAACGGACGACGAAACCUGCCCCAAGGAUCAGAUCAUCGCCCAGCGUGCCAAGCGGUGGCUUCUGAGCUACCCCAUCAACGGUGGUUUGGCGAAGUUGGUGCUUGGUUUUCUGUCACCGCUUCGCUUCCAUCAUACGCUGCCUCGGAGUUUAAACCUUUCCGUGAACCUGCAGGCCGUGUACCGUAUCCUACCGGCGAUAAUCUUCCCGAGACCCGAAACGAUCUUUAAAAAUCGUGCCAACGAACAGUACAGUGACCAGAGCCGGACGCAGCUUUACGCGAUAGUGGAGAAGCUGUUGAAGCGGUGGAACCGUAACGGCCGCUCCUGUUUGCUGCGUACGAUCUGCGAGGUGGCCGAGACGCCAUUGCGCCACAAUGGACUCGUUGGUGCUCUCUUCGAUGUAGUGUUCACCCCAUAUGAAACGGAUCAGUUGGAUAGUGACUACCUGAUGGCCAAAAAGUACGGUGCCAACGGAGUGGACUGCAUGCGCGUGUACUCGGAUUGUCCAUUUGGCCACGGAUUACUCGAUACGAUUAGUGCGAUCCAGAUUUAACCAAACUUGCUUAAAGCGCUUCUUACGGGCAUGUUUCAUGGUUUGGAUAUGUUUUCUUUUUCUGGUAACUGGAUGGACAUUAUUAUUGGAGUAUUGCUGAAGGAAAAUUCUUAUUCAGGCGGAAUCCAGCUGAAGAAGACAAAUCAAAACUGUCGAAUAAGUAUCUUCGGGUUUAUUAUAAUAGAAAUCGGCAUUCGAUACUAAAAAUGAAUAAAAAAAAUAAAGGAUAAUGAUUUAAGUGGUAG